AUGGCAACAUCCUCGCGCAGCGCGUCUAGCGAUUCGCUUUCGCCACCACCCUCUUCCCAGGAAGAUGACUUUGGUCCCUAUUUCCCUGGGCAAACUCUCAUUCUCAAGCGCCACAUCCCCGCUCCACCCUGCGGUCGAGAUUACUGCGAUUUGGACGCCCCGGAUUCAGAUGUGCCCGACGAAGUCUCAAAGCUCGAAUGGUGUCUCGCACACCCUCCUAGGCCAGGUAGUACAGACCUGAACAAUACGCGCAAGAUCACACUCAAGGCACCGAUUCGCACUGGUUAUGAGUGCGGCGCCCAGAUCUUGUUGACCGAAGAUGGGCUUGUCGCGAAGAUUUAUGAUCCACUCUACUACUCUUUCUCUCGAGAUUACUGA